AUGGCAGCCGCAGCAGCGGGUGAGAACAGCAGGUUAACUAGGGUGAGAAAGAAGGGGGAUGGCAAGUUCACCGCAGUUAUGAAGCACCCGGUGACGAAGACACAGUUGUGGCUGGGGACGUACUCUUCCCCCGAGGUCACCGCGUGCGCCUACGACCUCGCGGCUAGGGAGCUAAAGGGCACAAAGGCAAAGCUCAACUUCCCCUACCCUCCGCCGGCCAAACUGGUAAUGGAGGUGAUUGUUGCACCGAGGCACCGCAGCCGCGGUCACGACGCACAUGCACCACUCUUUCAGGUUGUUAAAUUUUCACCGGACCCCACAGCACCGCCUCCACCACCGCCCAAGCUGGUAGUUUACUUUUCCUUCCACUUUGAAGCGCCCGCUAGAGACACCCCACCGGUGCCUGCAUACCCGUUCCUGCACAUCCCGCUUCCGGCACGUGCACGUCUCAGCCUGCAGCAGGUGCAUGUGCACGCACCUGCUCCACAGCCACAACAGCCUAUCCAACGGAUGCAGAUCAUGGCGCAGACGGAAAGCUGCUUAAGCUCCUCAAGGCGCACCCUGGGGCUUCCUCUCGCCACCUGGUGUUUCAAGAAACCCAAACAGUUCAUCGUUCCCGUCACACCUAGUGCUCCAACAGAAGGAACUGCUGACAAUUUAACCAAGUUGUGGUAUUUCCCUGGUGCUCCUAUUGUUUAG